CUUUGUUGUGUCUAGCGUCACACAGGUCUACUUACUAACGGGGAAAUAACAGGGUAUUGGUAGUGAAAAAAGUACCGUUUUGAAAUUACGACUUUGUGGAAAAUAUGGAGUUUCUUAUAGGAAGCCCCUUCUCUUCUCCUGUUGGACAACGAAUUGGUAAGUCGGGAGAAAUAUUGCAGAAAGCUGUUCAAAGCAGAGCCAUCAAGCUAAUUAUGCGUCGCUCGAGCCGCAAUGUUGAAUGACAUCACAACUAAACUUUAGAAAGUUGCAAACUGUAUCUAGCUAGCUAUUUAUUUCUGUUCAAACGUUUAAUACAUUUUGUCAAAGUUACAGGGGCUAUUUUGUUAUAGAGGUUCAGACAGAAAUGGAGGAAUUGCAGCUACUUUUAUUUGCUAAGUACUAUAUACGUAUAAAUGUUAAUAUCGAUAUCUGCCUUGAAAGAUGUGUUCUCAAACCAAUCAAAUACUAGAGGCAGUCUAAAUGACCCUUAUCGCCCAUUUGAUUCGUAACCUGUGGUGACAUGUCAGCAAUAUUGACGAAUCACUGAUGUCAAUGGGUGGGUUUAGGGCCAUAGAAGUUGUUGCUUACUUCCUUAUUCAAAACUGGACCAAAGCAGCCCUUUGGCUCACAAACCGUUUUAAACUAGACCCCAUUUCAAGACUGAAUUUAUAAUCAGCCUAACCUAUGAACAUUUCACAAUUCAUUUAAAUCCUAGAUCCCUGGUUUCUUAAAUGACAUUGCAUUAUUGCAGUCAAAGUUGGUCAACUUCCACAUCAUUACGUCAUUGAUAUCUGGAACAAACUGUCUAUAUCAAAUGCAGAUAAUGUUUUUAUGUCACAGGUCUUUUGAUGGAGAUGAGCUAUGGACAGUUAUGUCUACUGUCCAGUCUAGUGAAAGUGUUGACAUCCUUGCUGAUCUUUUGUUCCUGAUAUCACACACACACACAAACGCUCUUACUUCAUCCACUUCUCCCUCUCUCUCACAUGUCAUAUGUUUAGACUACCUUGGAGGGAAUGCGAACAGAACCAGCUGACAGUCACAUGAAAUAGGGGGAGAGAGAGAGAGAGAGAGAGAGAGAGAGGGUGGGUGAGAGGGUGAGAGGGAAAUGAGGGAGAUUAGCAGAGAAUUAUAAGGACCAACAAAAGGGGCCACAGUGGAGUGCUUAGAGGAUGAAAUGGGAACAAACAUUCCUCAAUAAAUGCCAAGGGGUUGACUUUGAUCACAUUUAGCUGAGGUUAGAUAAUUUGCUAGAUUGUAAAUACUUUAAACUUAAUCAUUAUUCAAUUAAAAUCAACCAACAAUUGUUUAUAACAAUUAUGUGUAGGCCAAUGCCUGCUGAAUAGGUUUGACAGUAGGCCUACGUUUACGGUCGCUCAUAGGCUAGGUGGUAUCCUAUGUGUUAUCUUGAUAUCUAGCUGCAUUGAUAUGUAUUAAUAAGUAUCGAUAAUGCUGGGGUAUAAAAUGUGACUUUAUAGUCUGCCUAUCUGCAUAAUCAUCCAUGUUGUUUGUCUAUCUGCAUACAGUAGACAUGAUUAAUCAUCCAUGUUCUUUGUUGUCUUAGACAGUCAUAAUAAGAGUAUAAUAUCAUAUUGUUUGUCGUCUCAGACAGUCAUAAUAAGGGGAUAAUAUCUCCUGUUGAUGUUGACAGAACGAGCCACCAGCGCCGUGCUGCAUUCAGAGGACUGGGCCCUUAACAUGGAGAUAUGUGACAUCAUCAACGAGACAGACGAAGGGUAACUAUGGAUGCAGUCACUUAGGCCAUUUGUUUUCUAUUGUGUUUUUAUUGAUGACCGUUUUGUACAGCAUCUUUUUCGAUGUCAAACAGUUACCCCCACUGAUAAUAUGAUAACAAUAAAUACAGUCUUUCUGUGAAUUGAUGCUGGAAGUGCGUAUGUGUGGUUUUCCUCCCUAGACCCAAAGAUGCAGUCAAAGCCAUAAAGAAGAGGAUUGUGGGUAAUAAGAGCUUCAGGGAGAUCAUGUUGGCUCUGACAGUGAGUAUUAGUUCAGUUCUUUCUAUUCCAUAUUCUAAAGAUUGGCAUUCUCUUGAUGGGGAAUGUUGAAUCAUCUGGGUCUCUCACUGCGGAUUCCCGAGACUGGAAUUGAGUGACUUCAGGGAGUGACUGAACCGCACCUGCUAUUUCAACCUCUAAAUGCCCGGCUAUGAAAAACCAAGUGACAUUUUCUCCUGAUGUACUGACCUGUUGCAACCUCUACAACCACUGUGAUUAUUAUUUCACCCUGCUGGUCAUCUAUGAAAGUUUGAACAUCUUGGAGAAAAAUCUGACCUUAAUGGCCAUGUACUGUUAUAAUCUCCACCCGGCACAGCCAGAAGGGGACUGGCCACCCCUCAGAGCCUGGUUCCUCUCUAGGUUUCUUCUUAGGUUUCUGCCUUUUCUAGGGAGUCUUCUACAUCUGCAUUGCUUGCUCUUUGGGGUUUUAGGCUGGGUUUUCUGUAUAGCUCUUUGUGACAUCUGCUGAUGUAAAAAGGGCUUUAUAAAUAUUGAUUGAUAAAUGGGGCUGUAUACAGUACAGUACAGUUUGUUCCUUGCAGUGUGUGUAUUCUCAGUCGUUCCUCCUGUAUCUAUCUUUAGGUUCUGGAGGCGUGCGUGAAGAACUGUGGCCAUCGGUUCCACGUUCUAGUGGCGUCCCAGGACUUUGUGGAGGGGGUUCUGGUACGAGCCAUCCUGCCCAAGAACAACCCUCCCACCACACUGCACGACCGGGUGCUGAGCCUCAUACAGGUGGGUUGCAUCUCAUAGGUUGAGUCUGAAAUGGCACGUAUAUAGUGCACUACGUUUGGGCUCUGGCCAAUAGGGGGCCAUUUCAGACGAUCCAUUUGGAUUGUAUACAGGUACUGUACAACUCCGCUGUUUAUUGACUGUUGAUUUGGCUUGGACAUUAUCCCACUAUUGCAAGACUGUAGAGGCCCAUGUUAUAAGUUAUGAUAGGGUUAAUGCAGUGAUUUAAUGUCAUUUAAUGUCAUAUCAAUUAGAGGAAAUGGAGAAAUUGGUUGGAAUGACAACCUUCAUUACAAACUCAGAACUUUAUGAAUGAACAGAGAAAACAUGCCUUUGUCUAUCAUAAAGUAUCUUCUUAUCCUCCUCCCCUCUCAAACUCUAUCCCACUCACACUCUCUAUCUUUCUCUAUCUCUCUCUAUCUGUUUCUCUCUGUCUCUCUCUCUCUCUCUCUCUCUCUCUCUCUCUCUCUCUGUCUCUCUCUCUCAGGCGUGGGCCGAUGCGUUCCGUAGCUCUCCCUCCCUAGGAGGUGUGGUCUGUGUGUAUGAGGAUCUGAGGAGGCGGGGCCUGGAGUUCCCUAUGACCGACCUGGACGCCCUCUCCCCCAUCCACACUCCCCUCAGGGUAAGGCUCAAAGAGAUCCUCUAAUUUACUGUUGAUUCCUUAUGUAAUUCUAUGGUGAGGCACGUCACCUGCUGAACGUUGACCUUUAGACUCUUCAUGUCUGUUAUCUCUGGAUAGAUCACUAUUUAUCUUACACAAAAACACACACACACACCCUUCCCACAAAACAUACCCUUUACUAUGUUGAGGUUCCGAUGGCUCAGUUGGUUGGAGCAUGAUGUUUGCAUUCCUGCAUGAGCCAUGUCUGUUGUUUUGGAUCAAAUCAUGUGCUAACUGACUCUAUUACAUUGCUGUCUUUCUGUUGUUUCCUAGAGCAUUCCAGAGAACGACUCCUCUGUUACAGUGCCAGCUCCACCUCCUCAGAGUCAGACUCCCCGUGGCCCUGCUGCCCCUGCUGCCUUGGCCCCUACCCAGGCUGCACUGACUGCCUUGCCCCCACAGCUCAGCGAUGGACCCAUCUCCAUCUCUCCUCAACAGGUACUGAAUAGAUUGUAAAUGCAUUACCCUGUUGAUAUUGUGGGACUACUCAUGUACACACAGUGUGAGUAAAUACUAGCUACAGUUAAACGAGGCCCUAAGUGUUGGUUCUGUUUAGGACCACUUAUGAUUUAUCUCUUCAAAUUGUUGGGAAAAGCCCAUGUUUAAACCAGCGCCUAGGGGAAAUGUCUGUAUGUACCACCGUGGUUAAAGUGGUAAGGCCUCCUCAAUAGCCUCUAUGAUUAUUUUCCUCCUCUCCUCAUGUCUUUCCCCAAGCCUCAUUUAAGAAAGAGUUGACAAAGAGCCUAAGGAUGCUUCUGUUGAUGAACUUUCAGGCCCAGAAGCUGAGAGUUGACCUGGCUCUGGUCAGGGGGAACCUGACUGUGAUGACUGAGAUGUUGAACCAGCUGACGCCUGGACAGAGCCAGCAGGAGGACUCAGAGCUACUGCAGGUCUGUCUGCACGUCUUUCUUCCUCUCAUGCAUCUCUACUCCCUCUCUUUCUCUCUCUCUCCCCCCCGCCCUCCUUCUGUCGCUCUCUCUCAUUCUCUCUCUCUCCCCCCCGCCCUCCUUCUGUCGCUCUCUCUCUUUCUCUCUCUCUCCCCCCGCCCUCCUUCUGUCGCUCUCUCUCUUUCUCUCUCUCUCCCCCCACCCUCCUUCUGUCGCUCUCUCUCUUUCUCUCUCUCUCCCCCCCCACCCUCCUUCUGUCGCUCUCUCUUUCUCUCUCUCUCCCCCCCACCCUCCUUCUGUCGCUCUCUCUCUUUCUCUCUCUCCCCCCCGCCCUCCUUCUGUCGCUCUCUCUCUUUCUCUCUCUCUCCCCCCGCCCUACCUUCUGUCGCUCUCUCGCUUUCUCUCUCUCUCCCCCCGCCCUCUUCUGCGCUCUCUCUCUUUCUCUCUCUCCCCCCGCCCCUCCUUCUGUCGCUCUCUCUCUUUCUCUCUCUCUCCCCCCAGCCCUCCUUCUGUCGCUCUCUCGCUUUCUCUCUCUCUCCCCCCCCGCCCUCUUCUGUCGCUCUCUCGCUUUCUCUCUCUCUCCCCCCCGCCCUCCUUCUGUCGCUCUCUCUCUUUCUCUCUCUCUCCCCCCCGCCCUCCUUCUGUCGCUCUCUCGCUUUCUCUCUCUCCCCCCCGCCCUCCUUCUGUCGCUCUCUCUCUUUCUCUCUCUCCCCCCCGCCCUCCUUCUGUCGCUCUCUCUCUUUCUCUCUCUCUCCGUUUCUUCUUGUGGUCUCUUUCCCUGGUUAUUGCCUUCAUGUAUUAAAAUGCACUUCUGUCAUAUAUUCAAAUUCAGUGUUAUCAGGUAGUGAUUCCUGGAUGUUCUCACUCUCACCCCCGCCCUCCUUCUGUCGCUCUCUCUUGCUUUCUCUCUCUCUUCCACUCCCUCUAACCCCCGUCCCUCCCAACCCCCUCUGUUUGUGUGAGCAGCAGUUGUACCAGGUGUGUAGGGAGAUGCAGAGCCGUGUGGUGGAGCUGAUCCCCAGGCUGGUGGACGAGGGCCUCAUAGAGGAGCUGCUGGUCGUCAACGAUGACUUAAACAAUGCCUUCAUCCGCUACGACAGGUAAGGCAGACACACACACGCACACACCAGUCCUGGGUUCAAAUACAUGUGUAUUUGUUAUUUAAAUACUUAUGUUCUGUGUAUUUGAGUAUUUUCAAAUAAUGUGGCUCGAAUCAACUACUUCUAUUGAGAGUAUUUUCAAAUAAUUUCCUAUAAAUAGCCUACUAUUUGGAAGUAUUUUCAUUUACUUCUUUCGAAUACUAUUUUCAAAUACCUGUGCAUGGGAUUGUAUUUGAAUCAGAGGACUGUAUAUGAGUAUUUUCAAAUACAUACCAAUACUUUCCAAGUGUAUUUCCAAAUCCUGUACAUUCUAAUAUUGAACUACUUAUCUUUUCAAAUAAAAAAUAUCUAAUUACUUACUUCCAAAUAUCUUUGAAAAUAAUUGAAAUACCGUAAAUAGUAUUUGAACCUAGGUCUGACACACACACACACACACACACACGACUCGGCUACUUGCAUUCACAAACUGAUUUGCCCUCAAAGACAUUGAAAAUGAGGCACAUGUAUUACACAGUACAGAUUGUCCAUGUUCUGAAGUCUGUGCUUUCAAGAUUAUACAUCGUCUUUUUAUUUUUCUCCCAUGUUGUUUAGGUUUGACAGACUCAAUAAGGCCCAGAGAACAACUACAGAGCAGGUACAGCCAUCUGUCACUUUUGUUUUUGUAUUUGUGUUUAUACAUCUAGUUCAGUAGGGCACAAUGUUCAGAUAUAAAUAUAUUCUGUUGACAAGACAUGCCUCUCUGACAUGUACAGUAAGCAGUCAUUUCAGCUCUCUUUAUGGCAACUCUAAUUGCAACGUUCAAUACGCUGCACCAUCCUGAACACGACUCAAUGUAUCCUCUCCCUCUGCCUUAUAGCAGACUCCUGCCAGGGCCAACCUCAUUGACCUCAGCCCUAUGCCCCAGUCCCUCAGCCAACCAGCAACCACCUCUGCGGCCGCCAGCCAACCCGCAUUCAGCGCUCCCUCCAAUCAGAGGCAGGCAGCCAACCACAGUGAGUAGCAUCUGUUUUGCAUUAAAACUCAAGGCCUGUUGGACUCCAUUUCUUUAAUCUCUCUUUAACAUUACCAAAGUAUGAAAAAACAUUGACAAAAAUAAUCUACACAAAAAAACUGAGCCCAUAUUCAGAAAGUCUCAGAGUAGGAGUGCUGAUCUAGGAUCAGGUCCUCCCUGUCCAUAUAAUGGUAUUCAUUAUGAUCUAAAAGGCUAAACUGACUACUCUGAGGCUGUGGUCAUUGAAUAAAAGAAGGUGAUCAUUCUGGUUGGUUUCCCUCUCAUACCCUGUCUCUGUGUAUCAGGUGCACCAGAGGAGGAUGAGUUUGACAUGUUUGCCCAGACCAGGGGCAGCUCUCUGGCCGAUCAGAGGAAGAGGUGAGACACCUUCACUGUAGUGCUGUAGGGUGUUAUAUCAGUAUACAAAUAUCAAAACACACCGAAGAAAUGUACACCAAAGAUGACUGUUAUACAUAUUAUGGUAUGUAGUUCCACAGGAGGUUGGUAGGCACCUUAAUUGGGGAGAACAGGCUUGUGGUAAUGACUGGAGCGGAAUAGGUGGAAUGGUAACAAAUACAUCAAACACAUGGCAUUCCAUUUGCUCCGUUCCAGCCAUUAUUAUGAGCCGUCCUCCCCUCAGCAGCCUCCACUGAUGUAGUGUUAUGUACUGUGUGUGUGUGUGUGUGUGUGUGUGUGUGUGUGUGUGUGUGUGUGUGUGUGUGUGUGUGUGUGUGUGUGUGUGUGUGUGUGUGUGUCCAGUAUGCGGUACGAGGACCCAGGAGCAGUGGAAGGACUGGCUGGAGCCCUGGACACCAGGUUGCAGGUUACUGGAGCGGUAAUGUUUCUCAUUCAUUAUCUACAGUCAACAUAACAUAUCCUACGGAAAGCACAGGGAAGGAUAUAUAUUUUGGUCUAAAAAUACUGACUUAAAGGCCUUCAAUUUACUGUUGAUUUACAUUCUGAAUCAUCCUGUUAUUGCCAGCAAUAAGGGUGUAACUUUCAGGAAGGGACCGUUUCGAUGCAGACAACAGCAAUGAGCCAAUGUCCAACACACAGUCACAGUUAAAUAACAGUUAAGUAACUACUCUAUUAGCGAUGAUGCAGAAAUGGGUUUGAAUGAAAACAUGCAUUCACACGCUGAGGUCCUGAGGACUAGACACCACUAGAAGCAUCUGCCUUGUGCCGUUCUACUAAGACUCAUUAACAUCUCUUUGUUUAUUUUCUACCCUUCUUCUUCGUUCUAUUUCUCUCCCUCCCUCAGAUUCCUUCAUCUAAGCCUAACCGUAAGAACUCCACCCUGGAAGACAUUGACAGAUGGCUGUCUGCGGACACAGAAACGGUAAGACGGUGACUUUUUAAUGUGGUGUGUUUUCUUGUCCUUUCAACAAACAUUAAUGGGUUGUCAUGAGUUGCUACAUGUACUUGUUUCGUGUUACAGCAACCAGAGGCUGGGGACAGGGAAGGGCUGACCAGUGAGGGUAAGUCUUCAACUUGUUUUUCUUUCUUCCCUUUUUAACCAUCAUCAUUGCCAAGAUCCUAUUUCUGCCUGUGCCAGUAGAAAUCAGUGUUGCAAUACCCACACCAUUAACUCUCUCUCCCUCCCUCUCUCUUAGAGUUUGACAAGUUUCUGGAGGAAAGGGCGAAGGUGGCCGACCACAUUCCCUCAACACGCAGCCUGCCCCCCGUCUCGUCCAGGCCCCCGCCACAAUCCGCCCGGCAACAGGAGAGCUCCCAUGACCAGCUUUUCUCACUCUGAGAGAGCGGCGCCCACACAGCAGAGGUGGACUCACAGGUCGACACACAAUCCUAGCCUACACUGGUCAGCACAUAGGAUGAACACGCACAGUGCCUUGCUACCUUUUUAAUCAUACAGUGUUUCUACUUUGUGCUGUUGCUGUAGUUAGUCUAUGACAUGAUGACAAUCAGUUAUGCUGUGGUGGCACUUUACUUUACCUUAUCAC